CUGAUGUUCAGACAGUUCACAGUAAGACAACAUGGAGGUGACAGAUCUCUGCAUUGGACUAUUCGUCAAAGUAUUGGUGCUUCUGGUUGCAGAAGAUCAGUACGGUUACUGUGCUGAGAGAAUUGACGGAGCUUUGCUUCGUGUUGUUCCAAACAGACUCCAGUUCUUCGAAUUUGACUCUAUCUCUUUUGAUUGUGACGGAUUUGAUGAUUUCACCGAGUGGAGAGUGAUGAAGAGGAUUAUGGGAGUCACAUCAAGGUGUGGUCGUGGCUGGAAGACAUCAAGGACACCCUGCUCACUUGAACAUGUCCUUGAAGGAGACAGUGGAGUUUAUUGGUGUGAAGCUAACGAAACAGCGAUAAGCAACUCUGUCCACAUCACUGUUACCGAUGGUUCUGUGAUCCUGGAGAGUCCUGCUGUCCCUGUGCUGGAGGGAUCCGAUGUGACUCUGCACUGCAGAAACAAGAAAACUUCCACUGUCCAUGUAGCUGAUUUCUAUAAAGAUGGCACUUUGAAAUGGACUAUCUUUGAAGGAAGCAUCAGCAUCCACAAUGUUUCUAAGUCUGAUGAAGGACUCUACAAGUGUGACAUCGCUGGUGUUGAAUCCGCAGAGAGCUGGCUGGCUGUGAGAGUCGCUCCAACACUUCAUGAAGAGGGUCAACCUUCCCAGCAUCAUUCCUCUGAGCUCAUCAUCGUGUGGACUACAGCCACGUGUUCGAUGACCCUGCUACUGCUGUUGGUGGGACUGUGUCUUUGUGUGAAACAUAGAGUGUUUUUCUGCAUUUCCUCAAGGACGACAGUGCCAGACUCUCACUCAAGCGAAACACGAACAGUGUCUGGACUGACCGCUGUAGUUAAUCCGCAAAGGCCCAUUUAUUCUUGCGUCACAGCAAACACGAGUCAAACAGAACCAGGAGUCUCCGUCCUCACACCAACACCAACCGUCGAUGCUUCCUCCCGACGUGCAUCAGAUGUCUACUACACAUUUGAUUAGGUCUUUGACUGACGCAGGGAUGGUUUAUAUUUUUCUUUGUCAUAUAUUAAAGUCUGUAAUAAUUUGACUAAAAUGUUUUAUGUUAUAGACUUAUUCUAUACAUGUUCUCAUGAGUUGCGUAUACAUAAUACAAAAUAAGAGGCUUGUGGUA